UAUACUUCUCUCUAUAAUUGUAAAAUAAUUACAAAAAAAAAAAAAAAUAAGACGACGAUACGCAUUCAUUUGCGAAUUACGAUCAUCCUCUAUCAUCUCGACCCUGAGCUCGCGACCUUGUAUAAAAGUGAAUCGUGAAGAAUAAAAAUAAGAAAGAAAAAGAAAAAGAUAAAUCAAAAACAGUUUCAAAGAUACGUAGAAUCGAUCGUAAUGAUUUACUAAUGGGAAAGAAGAAAAAAAAAAAGGUGGUCUCGUUGGAAGGAGUAGUAGUAGCAGCAGCAAGCAGCAAAGGACGUAGAAGAACUGUUAAAAAAAGGAUCAAGAUCGAUGGUAUUGAUGAUGAACCAGUUUUAAAACGAUAUUAUUCGUAUACAAAGAAAAAAAAAGUGUACUAAAGAAAAUUUAGUUACUUUUAAUUGAUCCUAAUUUUGUGGGUUUUACAAACAAACAUUUUUCUUUAAACAUUUUGAAAUAUAAUAAUACAAACCUGUAUAUAAUAUUAACUUGGCCGAUUUGAAAUACGAUUAGAGAUCUCGUUAACGUCCUUGAAGUAUUACACCUUUCUUUUCGCUCGAUUUCCAACGAACGAGAGGAACCCACCACUGAACUGAGAAUAGUAUAUGCUUAAGAUCGAGUUUUCAUCUGAAAGAAAAUAUCAAGAACGUGCAUUUCCCACGAAUAAUCGUCGACGUCGUCGUCGUCCUUUUCGAUGUAUUCAAAAAUAGAAAUCAAUUGAAAACAAAUCAAAAAAAGGAUCGACGUUUGGACCAUGCCGGUGGUUGUUGGUGGUGGUGGUGGUGGAUCGUUAUAAUAAGAUCGUUAUUGAAAUACGAGGAAUAAAAUAGAUAACUUGAAGAAUGUUGUGCCUUAAAAAACGAAGAACUUACAGUUUCACGCAGGGUACCUGCGUGGAUCUUCCUAGACGAUCGAAGAAGGACACCGCUCGUUACGAGGGGUCCUUGAACAUGGCUAUUACGACACUGCCACGCAAGAACAGGAGCAACAGAGAGGAGAGACCAUCCGGAAUGGUUCUUACUGUAACCGAGGACACUCCAGCAGAUAUGCUGGCUGGAAGUAUGGAACUUUUGGUCCAACUUCCACGCGAGCAUCAUCUUCAUACUCAAAGAGUUACCGUACAGAGGAGUACUCCGAUGAUGGAUCUUCUCGUUCAAAUAGCAACGGCUCACAAAUUGGCAGCUUCGAAUUACACCUUGCAAGCAAUAGGAGAACGUGGAUUAGUUUUACCUCAUCAACCAAACACACCGAUAGGUGCGCUAGAUGCACUACAGGUUAAAUUACUUCCGAAGCAAUGUACGUUCGUACCGAAAAAGGUGAAACACGCGAAUCAACCUUUCGAAACGACGUUCAGAUUGCAGGUACAUUUACCGAGAAAUCAAUUGUACGUUUCGAGAGUCAGUCCGAAAAUGAAUCUAGGAGAAAUUCUUAACGAAGUGUGCCGUGAGAAGAAUCUAGACAAACACAAGUACGAGCUACGUCAUCCAGUUAACUUGGAAGAAAUAUUGGACUUAAACCUAUCCCUACAAGACUAUCAUCUACAGGAAGUAACCCUUUACGCGAAACAAGGUAGAACUUUGGGUUCUGCUUUGAGCUCGCAAGACAUAAUGGCGUUGCAAAGGCAAGAAGAGAGACGUAGGCAGCAAGCUAAACAAAGUGUAUUCGGAUUUAUGUUUAAAAAGUCUAAGGAAAGUUCGGUUAGCACUGACAGUUUAGAAGGCCGAAGUGUGUCACCGGCUAGGAGCGAUGAAACUGGAAGAAGUGCCAGUCCGCUUCAACCACCAACGAGACCUCAAAGAAAAAGAAGACUAGCACCUAAACCACCAGCUUCUUCUAAUCAGGAACAACUACAACAACAACAAGAACAAGCUAGUACAACUAACAGUACCAUAGCGACAACUACUAUGACGGCAACAGCAACGUCAAACAGAACAACGAGAACUAUGAAUGCUGAAUCAUCUAAAGAAAAAAUGCUCAUUGGUCACAGUCGAAAUAGCAGCGACAGUUCAGGAUACCACGAGGCUUCUGUACUAAGUGACAAUCCAGAUACUGCUGGUAGAUUACCAGAGACUUUACCGAGAAGAAAUAGAGCUCCUGGUACAAACGAAACUCCUAGAAAACUCGCUCAUACAUCGCAGUCCAGUAAAAGUCUCGGUAAUCUCGCGGUAACUGCAUCCGGAACAUCUCUUGAUCGGGCCCUCAGUAGCUCCUCCCUCAGCUCCACCGGUUUCAAGAAAAAACGUGCUGCUCCACCUCCGCCAGUUUCAAGGCCACUAUCAUCAGCCAUCUCGACUCAAGCUUUAGAACGUAUAGACGAUUCCGAAGAAUCUUUAACUUCCGAUAUGGAUCCCUCCAAGCCACCAUCCGAUAUCGGUGUACCUUCUAAAGCAUCAUCGGAUAUCGGCGUUAGCACGAUCAUCAUUGACAACAAAUCUGAUCACUCGGUGGAUAAUAUGAACAACGAUAAAAGCUCGGAUUUCCUAAUUUCGGACGUUAAAGUAGUUGAGGAUCCUGUCAAAGUAGAAAACGCUAGAGUAGAUGUUAAAAGAGAAAUGGUAUCAGCUGAAGAGUUAGCACCCUUGCCCAAACCACGCAACGUUGUAAGACUAGAAGGGAAAUCAACAGCAGUACUACCUCCGCCAGUACCAAAACGUAAAUUAGUGCGACCUGUAGUUCUACCUAGAUCGCUGAGUAAGGAUUAUCUAGAUAAUUCGUCAAUAAUUUCGAAUACGACGAAUACUUCGGAAGAUGUCUGCUCUUCCAUUUCCUCUUCCUCGUCCGGUGGAAUCGAAUUCGAGGCAAAACACAUGGAAAUAGUUUCAUCGGAAAUUGAUGAAAAUAAUUCAGCUUCGUUGGAAGAUGACAAAUUACGAACUAAUCUUAUUUUUACUAAACACACUAAGAGCAUGAACGAUUUAUACAACGUUGAUUCUAAUUCAUCGUACAAAUCUUGUACGGUGAUAUCAAUGAUACCAAAGUGCAAUCAUUUCAAAAGUUCGAGAAAGAAAUCGUCCAGUUGCAGUAGACUCGUGGAAAAAAAUGAUGAUGAAAUAUCGGAAAAGAAUGAGAAUGAUUUCGAGGAUUUUACGUUGAUCAAGGAUGAUGGAAUUUUUGAGGAUAUUUCUAAAAGCACUAAACGACCCAAGGUUUAUCGCAGUCCGUCCGAAUUGAACGAUUUUCAAAUCGAUAAAUUGAAAAGAAAGAAAAGACAUUUCACGUCGCAAUCAAGCGAUUUUACGUUCGCUUUGAAUUUGAAUCUGAUGUACAAAUCCGAUAAAGAAUCCGAUAAAGAAUCCGACGUAGAGAAGAAUAACGGGCAGAUGGAAAGGGCUAACGCAGUAGAGGGGAUAUCAGAUGUUGAUAAGAAAUUAUGCGACACCGAUGUUUUGUUGCAUAAAGUGUCCGAAACUUUAUCAUCGUCGUCGUUGACAUCAUCCAACGAAGAAACCGAUAACGUUUAUUCGGUGAUGAAAAAAAAGAAUGCAAAUUGUCGAGAGAAAUCAGUCAAGGAAAACGAAGAAAUGAAAAACCAACAGGAUACUUCGGAUUACGUAUCCGCACUUGAAGAAGAUUCCUCGAUAGCUGAUUGGGAAUAUCAAUUACCAGCACCACCGAGUGCAUUCCGGGAUAACGAUUCGCAAAUUUUUGACGGGUACGACACAGUUACUUUGAGAUCGGUUGAUGCGUUUAAAGAAAAACUCGUUGAAAAUCGUGACGAUACGAAUAACGACGAAUCGUCGAGCUUGAAUCGAAUAAAUGACACCGAAAGGAAAACCAUGACGAUCGAGAAAAAUCGAAAUAAGCAAAUUAUUGUGGAAACGCAUAAGAACAAUUUGUUACAGAAAUGUAACAAAAAGGAAAUUAUUUUAGAACUUGAAAAUAAAAUUGAAAAGGGAACGUUGUCUCGGUCGAAUAAAGAAUCCGAUUCGAGGAAAGUUUUAAACAAUAAUUUAAAGGUAACGCCAAAUGUUGCACCAAUUGACAACACCUUGUCGAAUUUUACGAUCACCACGUAUACUCGUCAAAAAAGUAUAGAUAUAUUUAAGGAUGAGAAGGAUAGUAGUCAACUCGGAGACGAGCCUAGUCGGAAUAAAAAAAUAGAGCCAAAGAUUUCUAAUAACGAUGUCGAAUCUAAAAUCGAUAUUGUUCAACGAUCCAAGAGUCAUGCGUCUACGAUAUGUAAACCUAAAUUGAAAAAUGAAAUCGAAGAUAAUAGGAUGAUCGAUGUUAAAAUCGGAAAAUCGGAUAACGCAGUAUCAUCGAACGUUAAUGAUUCAAAACAAAUUGUUAAUACACCAUCACGUACCAACGACAAGUUUUCACAAUGGAGAGAAAAUAUGUUGAAACGACAAGAGGAAACUACCAAAGAAAAACAAUUACAAUCUUUACAGGUAUUAAAAAACAUUUUACCGCAGUUGACGAACUCACAACCAGCGGAAGAAAAUGUAUCGAAAGAACGGAACGUUGGAUUGCGUGAGAAAGUGAAAAACAGGUUCGAAACAGAAUCCAAUGAAAAUUCGGUAACGCCUAACGUGUUUUCGACACACGGCGAAUCUCACGUAACGGCGCAGGAUGAGAAUAAAAGUACGAUGCAAAAAGAAACUAACACGAAACGUCGUUACGUUUAUAACGGUCCACCGGCAAUAAGUUUAGGAAGUUGGUCUGAAAGACCAUCCGUCAAGGUUCAGAUUAAAAUGGAUACAGAUUAUAAAUUUGGUAAAGACAAAUUUGUUCAGAAUAACGUGACAAUGGUACCUUCGAAUGUUAAAGAACAAUCUAAAGAAAUAAAUGAGAAACGAGAACCGGAUGAUUUUACGAAAAAGUUUAUUACGCACGCAACUGCAUCCGGAUUUAAGAAGGUAACUUUGAAUAAAACGAAAAACGAGGAAAGGCCGAUAGUAACGAGCGUUGAAUUAAAAAAGACCAACGUUGAAGAGAACGAAGAAACACGACGUCAAAAAGCUAAUGACAAAGAUAAUGAAAAGUUGAUCGAUACGACGCCGUUGAAUUUCCAAGAAUUGACAAAGACCUUUCGUUUGGAUAUAGAUCAAAGGAUAAAACCGCAACGAAGUAAUCCAAACAGACAUUCGGAAUAUUACGGUUCGCAGCAGGAAUUCAUUCGUAAGAGUAUAGAAACCAAUAAACAAAAUGGUCACGCGAAACUCGAUGAAUUUCCUAUAACGAAAAAGAAUACUUUCCAAAAGAAUCAUCAUGCAUCGUCGAUCAACGAAAAUAAUAAUUCUAAUUUCGGUACAACCGAAAAGAAACAAUUCACUUCGAUAGUGGGAAUAAAUUCUUAUAAUCAUCGUCAUCAGGAUCAGUACGUGCAAAAGAACAAUAACGUGUCGUUAAAAAAUAACGUUAACAACAUAAAGAUUCACCCAAUAUCUGCGCCGGUUGUUAAAGGAUUCAAAGUAUCGACGAUACCUUUUACAGAAUCUAAAAUAAACAAGAUUGAUAAAAUGAAUCAAAAUAAAGAUGUCGUCGAUGGACAACCACCCAAAGCUCCCACGAUGCCUGUGAUUAUGGGUGUCACAUUAAAAAGUGCUAACGCGAGACCAAAGUCAAUGCCGAUUAACAUAGAUUCUAGAGAUAUGCUAUUGGAGUCGAUUAGAAAUUUUGGGGGUCGCGGAAAAUUAAAGAAUGCUGCUGAGAGGUAUUAAAAAAUAAAUAUUAAUAAUAAUUGUUGACAGUCAUAAUGGUAAGGUACCGCAUAACCAAGAGUUCAUUGAAAGUAAACUGCAAACGUUUCUUCCCCUAUUUCUUUUCUUAUUUUCUAUUUUCUUCUCUUGUCUUAUCUUAUCUUAUCUUAUCUUAUGUAUGUAUGUAUACUACGUAUAAAACGGUACUCGGUAGUCAUCGCAGUUAUUUAAAACUAAAAUUAAUUAAAGCGACGAUAUGGAAGAAAAAAAAGAAAGAAGAAGACUCCUGAAUAUUAUGAAUUAGAUUGUGUAAAUACAUAGUAUUCUAAGCCUUGUAUUGCGUUCGUGUCUCGCGUAAAAUUAAUUGUAAGAUCAUUUGAAUCAAUCGAAUGAUCGAACAGAGAGAUAUGUUAUCUUCGUUAAAUUACAAAGAAAUGAUGUUGGUGCUUUUCUUGAUGCUCUAAUUAAUGCGCAGCUAUUGUAAGUAUAAAUCAUAGAGAAAUAUACGUGGGAUUUAUUAUAUUUCAAAAUUAAUCUACCCACAUCUAUCACAAUAAAGAAAGAAAGAGAAGUUGAAUAUCUUUUUUUUUUCAUUAAUAGAACAUUCAAAUGAACAGAUUCCGUUGAAUUGAAUAAUCGUUAAAAAAAAAAACAAAAAAGUUUGUCAUUUUCAUUUAUUUGAAAGAUAGUGCCAUUUGUAAUAUUUUUUUUCUUUCAAUAAUAUUGCCCAUUAUUAUAUUUCAUUUAUUUCUAUUUUCUACGUUGAGAUUUGUUCUUUCGCUCUCUCUUUUUUUCUUUCGAAUAGAUGUUUCUAUAAAAGUCAUUCUACGUAUUAAACUAUGUGUAAAUAUAUUGUACAGAAAGCCUGAUGACACUGGUAUGUUGUCAUAAAAUAUGAUCGAGCAUGUAUAUAUGUACUGCUAAUUGCGUAAAAUAUUGAUCGUAAGAUCGAGUUUGGGAAUGUUUAUUUGUAAAAGGUAAUUAAUGCUUGUUGUUCUAUCGAAGGAACGAUCUAUGAUCGUUUAAAUUGUUAUAAAAAUAAUGAAGAAAAAAAAUGGAAAAAAAAGUUUGUCAAGUUUUUAAUUUUACAAUGUCAUUCGGUUCUAGCUUUGGUCAAGUCAUACUUGUUAAAAAAAAAAAAAAAAGAAAUGCACCAAAGCCAGUUUAGUUAUGGCUGAAUGAUAUUUAAAAUACUAAUAGCAACUUCGUGUGUGUUGGCUAACAUUAUUAUUACUACUAUUAUUAUUAUUAUUAUUAUUAUUAUUAUUAUGUUAUUAUUUUUAUUAUUAAUUAAUAUCUAAAUCUUUGCAUUAUAUAAAUAUAACUUAUUAAGUUUCUAUAAACGGGACCAAAGGUAACAUUUCUUCUUCUACAAUAUCGACAACGAAUUUAGAUUUAUAGAAUGAAUGUUAUUUAAAUAAUUACGAAGUAUAGUCUUUGAAGAAGUCUGGUCAGUCGAUUUAUGACAAAGCAGUUAGACGCAACCGAUAGAUACGUUUAUUUAAAAUUUAAAAAACAAGCUUUCGAAAAUUUUCUUUUACAGCAUAACGCGAGAGAAAAACAAAGCAAACAGCAAACACUAUUUUUAUUGUAAACAUGCUGCUAAAAUUACAACUCUGUAGUAUGAUGUAUACCUUAACACAUUUUCGAUACAGAAUAUAUACGUUUCUGUUAUUA